GUGGAGAGAGUCUCUUCAUUUCAGAAUUUUAAGCAUUUUUGCUCACAUGUCUCUACAUAUAAAGGGAGGAGCAUUUGCUAUGGGUUCCAUGAAAUCAUAACCAUUUCAUUGCUUUUAAGCGCUCUCUGUGAUCUCUGCUGGGAAACAAAGGUUGAUACUUUGGCUGGGGUGGUGUGUUUGUUGGUAGAAAGAUUGGCUGGAAAGGGAAAGAAAUGGGAAGGCUAUUUGUGAUCAGCCUUGAAGGAAGCAUUUAUAGCUGCAAACACUGCCAAACACAUCUUGCUUUUGCUGAUGAUAUCAUUUCCAAGACUUUUCAUUGCAGGCAUGGAAAGGCUUAUCUCUUUGAUAAGGUUGUGAACAUCACAGAAGGAGACCAAGAAGAACGAAUGAUGAUGACCGGAAUGCACACUGUUGUUGACAUAUUCUGUGUUGGUUGUGGUUCGAUUUUGGGUUGGAAAUACGAGUAUGCGCACGAGAAAGGCCAGAAGUACAAAGAAGGGAAAUUCAUCCUUGAGAGGGGUAAGGUUUUGGGGCCUGAUGGAAGCAACUACAUGGGUGGUCAAGAAGCUCAAGCUAUUGGAAGUGAUGCUGAUGAUGCUUGAUCAGCUAUCAGCCCGAAAUAUUUAAGUAACUGUAAAUUUUUUUCCCUGGUUUGAUUUCCAUGUCUAUUUAAGUAAAGUGGUUUAGUUUCUUUUUUCGUAUUGCCAAUCAACUUGCUAAUGAAAUUUCAUAGUAGUUUGCCUUC